UACUUCAUAAUUGCUCCAGAGGCUCUUACAUGCUAACCUCUAAAACUCUCUAAAACCCCAGCCCAGGAGGUUUCUCUCUCUGUUUUGUCUCCUCCCUUUCUCUUGCAUUCACUAUCUACUUUCUCCUCUUUCCAUUAUCCACAUUCUCUAAUAGUAGCAAAAGGAAUUGUGUUGAAAAGAGAUAGACCUUUCCCUACAUGGUGACUGAAUGGGGAGGAGUCCUUAUUUUCCCCAUGACUAUCUCUAACUGUUUUUCUCUCUCCAGCUAGUCUCCUGUUCCUCUAACAGCACAGCCUGGAGCCAGGCUGAAAUAGACUAAAUAAUUCUUGGGUGCUUUCAGGAGUAGGGACAUUCAUGUGUUAAUUCUUAUUGAGUGGGUCCUACGUCUGCAGAACCUUCUUUUAGGUCCUAGGAAAGUGGCAAAGUGAGUUAUGUGAAUAAUCUCUCCUCGCAAGGAAUUUACAAUCUCACCAGCGUGACUGGCUAAAAUUACAUGAAGGAGAUUUCAAGGAAGAAAACCAACAGACAGUGAGAAGGAGCGCAGCUGUACACCCACGAAUAGCUUAAGGGCUACCUGAAUGUUGGGUUUGCAGCAAGAAGAAAACUGUGGGGAAACCAGAAGUUUCAUGGAAGAGGACUGAGCCCUCUGGAAGUUUUAUCUUUUUGCAUAGCUUAUAGGGAGGGAUCAGCUAGCUGAAUGCUUUCUGUUUUGGUUAGCGUGACCCAGCCUACUUCCAACACAUGCCCAGAACUACAUUAGUCAUGGGAUUGGAGCCAAACAUUUAAGACCUCAGAGCAUAUACAAGAAUUUACUGCUUUGACAUUGAAAACCACGGAAGAAUUGGAGCCUUGCAUUGAAAGGAGUUGUUCUGCAGCAGUUUUUUUCUUGUCUAAAGUUUACUUCUGCAAGAGAACAUCUGAAAAAUGACAGGGGCAAAGAGGAAAAAGAAAAGUGUGCUCUGGAGCAAGGUGAAGGCUCCCCAUUGUGAAGGCUUUAAACAGUGGUGUAGAAGGCGGCUACCGAUUUUGGAAUGGGCAUUACAUUACAAUCUGAAAGAAAACUUGCUUCCAGAUACUGUGUCUGGGAUCAUGUUGGCAGUUCAACAGGUGACACAAGGCUUGGCCUUUGCCAUUCUCUCAUCUGUGCACCCGGUGUUCGGCUUGUAUGGGUCUUUCUUUCCUGCCACCAUUUAUGCCAUCUUUGGAAUGGGACGUCACGUUGUCACAGGCACUUGUGCCUUGACAUCCUUAAUAUCAGCCAAUGCAGUGGAACGGCUUGUCCCUUCGAGUAGCCAGAACCUCACCAAACAAAGUAACACAAGCAUCCUGGGCUUAUCUGACUUUGAGAUGGAAAGGAUUGGUAUCGCUGCAUCUGUUUCCUUCUUGGGAGGUGUGAUUCAGGUGGCCAUGUUUGCCCUACAACUGGGCAGUGCUACGUUCCUGCUCACGGAGCCUGUGAUCAGCGCAAUGACAACUGGGGCUGCCACAAAUGUUGUGACUUCACAAGUCAAGUAUCUCUUGGGAAUGAAAAUACCCUACAUAUCCGGGCCACUUGGAUUAUUUUACAUCUACACAUAUGUCUUUGAGAACAUCAAGUCUGUUCGCCUGGAAGCCCUGCUCUUAUCCUUGCUGAGCAUUGUGGUGCUUGUGGUGGUGAAAGAGUUAAAUGAGCAGUUUAAAAGGAAAAUUAAAGCCGUCCUUCCUGUCGAUUUGGUUUUGGUUAUUGCUGCAUCAUUUGCUUGUUAUUAUACCGAUAUGGAAAAUACAUAUGGAUUAGACGUACUUGGUCAUAUUCCAAAAGGAAUUCCUUUGCCUAGACCUCCCUCCAUGAAUGUCCUCUCUGCAGUAAUCAAAGAAGCUUUUGGAGUAGCACUUGUGGGCUAUGCGGCCUCACAGGCUCUUGCUCAAGAAUCUGCCAAAAAAUUCAAAUAUUCAGUGGAUGACAACCAGGAAUUUUUGGCUCAUGGCCUCAGCAAUGUGGUUUCUUCAUUUUUCUUCUGCAUACCAAGUGCUGCCGCCAUGGGAAGGACCACUGGCCUGUACAGCACAGGAGCAAAGACACAGGUGGCUUGUCUCAUAUCUUGCAUUUUCGUCCUGACAGUCAUCUAUGCAAUAGGACCUUUGCUUUACUGGCUGCCAAUGUGUGUUCUUGCAAGUAUUAUUGUCGUGGGACUGAAAGGAAUGCUCAUUCAGUUUCGGGAUUUAAAAAAAUAUUGGAAUGUGGAUAAAAUCGAUUGGGGCAUAUGGGUCAGUACAUAUCUAUUUACAAUAUGUUUUGCUGCCAAUGUGGGGCUCCUGUUUGGUGUUGUUUGUACCAUAGCUAUGGUGAUUGGUCGCUUCCCAAGAGCAAAGACACUGAAUAUAAAACACAUGAAUGAAAUGGAAUUUAAAAUGAAAACAGAAAUGGAUGGUGAAACCCGGCAGCAGGUGAAAAUUAUCUCAAUAAACAACCCACUGGUUUUUCUGAAUGCAAAGAAGUUUCAUGCUGAUCUAAUGAAUAUAAUCCAAAAAGAACAUGCCAGCAACCAGCCAUUUGAUGAUACCAACAAGUGUGAACAAAACUCAUUGCUCAAUUCUCUGUCCAAUGGCAAUUGCAUUGAAGAAGCGUCACAGCCCUGCCCAGAGGAGAGGGCGUGCUCCAUAGUCCUGGACUGCAGCGGGUUGGCCUUUUUUGACUCUUCUGGCGUCUCCGUGCUGGUUGAGGUUUACAGGGACUGUCAGAGCAGGAGUGUGGAUGUAUCAUUAGCCCAUUGCACAGCUUCCUUGGUAAAAGCCAUGCAGUACUUUGGAAACCUAGACUCAGAGGAACCAAUUUUUUUUAAAUCAGUAUCUGCUGCAAUAAGUGACAUCCAUUCGAAUAAAGUGAGACAAAAUCUGAGCAAACUCAGUGAGCAGAGUGAAGUCUGAAGCCCCAUGUGCUACAGCACAGAUGUUGCUUCAGCAACUGGCCUGCGGAGAACGUACGCCAGCGUUUUGCACAACCUGUUCCGUCGUUCAGAUCCUGCAGAGGACCUCUGCUAUGAUCCAUCCAGUGUGACUUGUUAGCCACAGAGUCCUGGUCAAGAUCUGCUAUCACUUUUUUCCUAAUUUUUGUUAGUAAGCAGAUUCACUGAGUAGGUUAUUUUAUAAAAUGGGUAUGCAUUUAGUUUUGGUAUACUGAAAGGUAAACAUGAAUGUAUUUCCUUUUUUUCUAGUAUUUUGUGUUAUUUUAUUUCUCUUUUGUUGUCAGUUAAUUUGUAAAACUGAGAAGCAUCUUGUCGUCAGAGACUUAGAACAUUUGCAAACCAUUUGUAAAAACCCAGGAUCUUCUAUAACUAAUAUACAAAAACAACGUAGCACAUUGCCAUUUUCCCUUACAAAAAGCACACACAAUUAAAUAUCUAUUUUAUGUGAUGGGA